GAUGUCAACUUGGCGCCAUAUCGUUCGUCUACAUACAGAAUCCGAUGUCACUGAGCAACGACGACUCCUUGAUGACCGCACCAGUACUUGGCGUCGCGAUAAGUCAUUCUCUCGUGAGCUGCAUCGUCGUAUAACUGGUGGCAGGAUUCAAAUGGUUGGAAGUGAACAGGAGCGGUCGGAGUACUACAAAUGCGAGGUCUCUGCUUGUUCUGCGCGGACAAAACUCGUGGUCAUUGUGCGUACAACACCUGAUGAUGAGGACGACGUCUUCAUCGAUGGAUACCGAUACUAUUCGGUUGCUGCCCAUACAAACCACCGCCCUAUGUCUGCUGAGCAAAUGGCCGAGUUCGAUAAUCCGCGUUGA